GCGUCCUGGAGAGGCAGCAGUCCAGACCGGGCAGCAGAGGUGAGUUUCACCUCCCGCAAUGAAUGUCAGGCUGAUUCUGGGCGUGCUGGUGUAUCUGAUGAUCUGCACCAUCCCAUCCAAGACUGCAGACUGUAUAAUGGCCAAGGAGAAGUGUGCCUCAGACUCAAGUGCUUGCAGAAGUGCCUGGGAUUUACUAAUAAAUGUCUGCAAUGCAACAGGCGAAAGCUGCAGAAUUAACCUGUCCCACAGAUGUAAUAUGACGGUUCAGUACAUGAUGAACAGUUACCCGGAACUCAAAGGUUGUUUGUCCAUGGAAGAUGUUUCCUGCAGUAUUCUCAGGUUAAUUGCUCCCCAGUGCACUGACAGAUCGGAUGGCCUGGGACAAAAGCAGCGCACACAGUGUGAGGGGACAGGAAAGUGGAGAGGUACAAGAGGCCAUGCUAUUGCCCCACUGAGCUGUGUCUCUGCCCUGGAGCACUGUCAGGAGUCCCAGCACUGCUCCAGCCUGUACGAGAACAUGAAGGAUUUGUGCCGCACAGACAAAGGCCAGUGCAACACAGUGAGCUUCUGGCACUUUUGCCUUUCUGCUUGGAAAGAGCUUGUGAGCGCUACACCACUGGCUAACUGCACCUGCUCCAGCCAGAGAAGGAGAAACUGUGUAAAAAUUUGGAACACCUUGUACAAUAACUCCUGCAUCAAACAUGAUGAGAAAUAUCAGGAUCAUUCAAAUGCAAGGCAUGAAAACACAUCUGAGGGGCAGGUUGUCAAUAUGUUUAAACCUGAAAAGGAUCCCAAGCGUUUAUGGGAAUCAAGUGCUCUUGCAAAACAUGCGUACGGAAGGAAGGGAUCGUGCUUGGAUGUCACGAGGCUCUGUCUACAAGACGAAAUAUGUAACAGACAGAUGGUACCCCACAUACAAGCAUGUUCUGGAAACCCAAAUCACUGCAAUGCCACUCACUGCCAAAGAGCUGUGCAGCUGUUUUAUGACCAAAUGCCUUACAGCGUCGCUGUGAUGCUGGCUUUCUGCGACUGCAGCCCUACAGAUGAUCAGUGUCUGCAAGUUAAAGACGUCCUGCACAGUCGUUUCUGCUCAGAACAGCAGGGUACUUCGCCGACGUGCCUGGAAGUGCUGGACAGAUGCCUUGAGGAAACAUCAUGCAGGCACAGAUAUGAAGUAUUCCAUUCUAAGUGCUGGGGAGGUGGAAGGGCAGUUUGCAGAGGCCAUGCUGGGGAUGGCUGUGAAAGUCACAUGCAUGAGGAAAUGAUGCGCACUGAUGACAAUGAAUGCAGAGCCGCCUUCAUUGGCACAAUGGGAACAUUCCUCCAGCACCCUUGCACCUGCAAUGGACUGCAAAACACAGAGCAAUUAAAGUGCAAACAGCUUAAUAAUGUGCUACACAAUAGGUCGCACUUUGUGUUCCAUCUAACAAGAGAGAGUUUUCCACUGUAUGGGGGUUCUCUUGACAAUGUGUCCAGCAAAACAGGAUUAAGCUCUUUAUUCAGUGGAACAGUUGCUUUUGUUUUUGUAUACAUCAUAGUGAUAUUACUUGUGAUUGGAGUUACCAUGUGGGUUUUGCACAAAAAAAGAAUCUGCAGGCCACCUGAGAGACCCAGAUAUCUUCCAUCUACCAAUGCUAAUGAUUGUCUUGUGAUUUACUGAUUUUAUUCAUACAUUAAAAUAUACAUACAGUAUACUGUUCGAUCAUUUCUGAUAGGAAAUCUGAACAUGACAUCAGCAAUACCAUUAUUUCAAAGGCUGGACAUGGAAGUGUAUAUAUUUAAGUGUUUGCAUAUUAUGUUUUACUGAAUUCAGCCUUGCAUUUUAAAUUUUACUCCUUUUCUCUAUGUGAAACAAGUUUUGGUAUGUUUGGUAAGUAUAAACUUCUGUAGUCUCAUUCAGAAAGCAGUCUUCAACAGAGUUUUACCUUUUGAUACACUGUUCCUACAAGAGACCAUUGAAUACUCCAUAACUGCCCACUGGUCAGCAUUGGUGCUUAACAGUGCUGGGGCCCCGGGUUCAAUUCCAGACCCAGAGUGCUGUUUGUGUGGAGUUUGCAUGCUCUCCCCACAGAGAUAGUUGGGCCCUAGAUGCCUUCCCGUCGGUGAUUUCAGCACAGCGUCUGCCUUCUUUUGGUCUCACUAAGCAGGUGCAUUUCUGCAGUGUGAUGGGAACUAGCAAACCUAGUCUGUGCCCUUUUGUGCAUGCUCACAUCACGUGUACUUUACACUUCUGUGUAUUGACAUACAGUACUUCUGUCAUUGAAUACAGUAUUCCACUGUAUGUUUUGAAUAUUUAAUGCAGUUUCAAAAUUAUUUCCACCUAAAGCUUUGACUUUGGAAAUGUUACUGUGCGAUACAAUGGGGAACACAAAAAUACUACCACAUGAGGCUGCAUUUGAAGGUUUUUUUUUUUCUUGGUAGUGUCAUAUGGAAAAAGGUGAAGGAGGAAACUGUUAAUAUUUUGGCAGCAUCUUUACUCUCUUGCUCCUUACUUAUCAGGAUUCACUGUUUAUAUUUUUCAGUUUCCUUAUUUGUCUGCUUGUUUUAGGUGUUGUGGACAGUACUGUACUUUGUGUUCUGUUUAAUUAAUAAACAUCAUUUUGAAUUACCUGUUUUCAUUUAGUCUUUAAUUAUUGUAUGCAAUGCACACUAUCAUACACCCACAUGCAGACUGUAAAAGGGCUAAUGUGAAAUGAUUCUGCAAAAAUGUCAUUUUAUUAUUAAGAAGGGACAGCAUGGAUUCAUGACAAUGUGAAGAAGGCUCAGACCCUAACUGAUAAUGGCACAUCCAAUAACAAGAGCGUGAGAAAGCAUUGAUUAACUAUCAGGAAUUGUUUAUUUAAGCUUAAGGGAGUCUAUAGUUUUAAGAAAUGGAAGUAGUACAGAAUCAUCACAGGUGUUCCUUCUUCUUUCAUGAAAUUGUCAUUUUUUAAAAAUGAUGUUGGAAAAGCAUGAUUAUUUGUCAUAGUACUUCAUAAGGCUAUUGCCCAUCGAGAUGCUUUUAUUCAUGAGAGAUUAAGAGUGUCGUGUUACUAGGAAUUAUUCAAAACACAGAUGCUAAAGACACCUUCUGUUUUCAUGGUAAGCAUGAUAAAAGCCUGAUAAGUACUCACAAAUGCACAGAGUGGGUGAUACUACCUGUAAAGUCAACAACAAAGAGUGACAAUCUAAUAUUUGCUCACCAUCUCUGUGUGCUUUCCUUAAAAGGCCACCAUGCGUGAACAUAAAAGCUGCGCUCUAAAGAUGUGUCUUGUGUUCACAACUGAACAAAUUCCAAAGUCUUCCUUGAAAUUAAAAAAAUAGACUUGGUGUAAUUAAUUUUAUCGUGACUGGUGUCCCUUGCACCUGUUGCUCGCUGGGAUGGACUCCUAACCAGUGACCCUGCUGUAUGUUGGAUAAAGGGGAUAGAAAAUGGAUGGAUGGAUUUGAAUGCGUUCUGAAAGAGUAUAAAUAAAAUUAUUUGGCUUGUGCACCUCAUCUCUCCAUGCAUGUGUAAUGUAAAGGGCUUCACACAUACUGUAUUUUGGUUUUGUAUACCAAAAGUAUUUUGCUUUCCGGUUAAUGCAAUAUGUGAUACAUACUGGUGUCUCCUUCCAAAACAUCUCAUUGAAAUGAAAUAGGUUAACUUGUGACAGUGUCUUGAAAACUGGUUUCAUGAAUUGCACAUCUCAUCAGGGGAAUUUAAAAAGGUGAAGAAGGAAGACACCCAGUUCUAUACAUUUUGCAAUAGUAUGAUUUGCAAGCAGAAGAUGUAGUAACAGAUCUGAAAAAUACAAACAUGGACACAUGCAACAUGCACAUCUUCUCUCACAUGAUAUCUUUAGUAGAUUUCACUCCAUCUCUCCCACCUGGGUUCUAUGUACUGUAAAUGUUUUAAUCACUGCUUUUCAUACACAGCUAGGGCCUGGAGGGGAGGUCAACCAUCAGGCCUUGGACCCCCUGAGAUUUCUUUUUCUUCUUUGGAGUUUGUUGUUUUUCUCUCCCUUGUGCCCGAUGGUUACAUGAUCAAAUUAAUCAUACUGGCCACUACACUACAGUAGACACUUGUGACUUGAUAGCUUUAAAGCUGUUCUGUAAUAAAAGAUCAUAAAAAAACUCAAAUGAUAUUAAUGAAAUAUUUAAUUUAAAAGCUUCACAAAUCAAACAUAUACUGUUUAUUGUCCAGGACCACACAGUCCGCAGAGACAGUGGCUCUUAUGGGAUGGUAGGCAGGCUAAAUGGGAGGUAAGCAAAACGCAGUUUCAACAUUUCAAAGGCUCACAAGGUCAAGGGAACAGCAAACGGAAAUUACCUGAAAGUUUUGUUACAGAAGUCUCCAAAGUUUACCCUUUUAGAGCUGCAAGUACAAUUUGUUCUUUACUUGCAGAUGAGACCCACUCCCUUGUACCAGCACCUUAUAUUAAUGAUAAAGUAACAAAAUUGCUAACGCUUUUGGACAUAAGCUGCUUUAUCUAACGAUUUGCCAACUCUGCUGUGAGACUUAUGUAGUUCAUAACUUUGUCAGUCAUUGCUCAACAUACCUGUAAUGUACAGUAUGCAUCUAAGCCACGACUUAAUCGGGUAAGACCCACAAACACCAAUGAGCACAGUAAUAAUUAUUAAUUCACGUGGCCUACGUAUUAACGUGCUAAUCAGAUGAAAUUGAAAUGUUCCGAUUCGGAGCCCAAUGCAGCUCAUUAGAGCAACAACAACGAUGAGCUCUCAGCGCCGUACUGAGCCCCAGUUCAACUGCUUUGAUCUGCACUGGUUGCAAUUGAGCUCAGGGCUGGAGACCAUUGACCCAUCGACACCGCAAUAUAUCAACACAAACACAACAUGCAAAUUAACAUCAAGAAAACAGCGAGAACGAUAAACAUUUCGAACGUGGUUUGAGGAUUCAGAUAGAAUAAUUAACCUCUACGCAACAAGAUUUGUGUGAACUACUUUUGGGAUUAAGAAGGACUUUAACACUCACCUUCACAGACUGCUGUAUAACUGUUGCCACCCAGCGGACAUUCCUCAGAGGUGUCAUUUUCUACCGCAAUUCCAGGAUCAGAACAUCAGCGCUGAUUGGACAAGAGUAGCAUCACUCACGGCUGAUGAGCCAGAAAGCCCACACUGAUUGGAUAAGAAUCGCGUCACUCACCCUGAAUUCCAGGAUGUCCAUGAUCAUUGGAGAAGAUCCGCGUCAAUCUCCGUGAAUACCAAAAUCCCUGGGUUGAUUAGAUAAAAGACCUAUCGCGCCCGCCUAUAUCGUUACGUCAUAUUGUAGCGACAUGGUGACGCGUGAUUUACGCGAUAGAGCUGCUGGUUUAGAAUGGUUGUUGUGUUGCUGCAGUACAAAAAAUAAAAAAUAUGUCGUUGUUUACUGAUGGGUAAAAUCACAUUGUUGGUAACUUCGGCUGUAUUGCUGUCAAAUCUAUGUUUUUACUUCUGGACAUUAAAUCAGUAGCUGUCGACAUGGUUUCGCAGCUUUUUAUUUUUCACACGGCAGCCGAUUCUGUUAAUUGUCUCAGACAGCUUAAACUGGAAUACUGUUUCAUUAACCCUGCAGACUGGUUAUUGUUAGUGUUUUCAGAUCCAUAACUUUAUACGUGUUUUGUUUCGUUUCUAAGCACAGAAUUGUCUUUAUUCCUAACGCGACUCCUUUCGGUUUUUACCCCGGACACUGCUUAUGCCCUUACACAGUAAUGAUUUCACACGUGGUUUUAAGAAAUCCUUCUUCAAAAAAUGAGGUAUGCUUUCACGAAACGUUCAAGUCAUAAAAUGAGAAUCUGCUCGUCUCUUAAAUAGCUUCACUCCGCGCGUAAAUGUAUUAAAUUGCACUUGUUUUAAAUGCCUAAGAACAUUCAAGCAUAUCGUGAACUUUUGACAUGACAAAGUAUUGUUAAAAUUGCAGAGUAGAUUUGAAUAGAUGGUGAACGUGUCACAUCCCUCUGUGCAGUUGAAUAUCUGUGAUUACAUUAAUUGUUUCCUGCAGGUUACCUUCCUGAUUGACAUUGUACUGCUGCCACUUUUUCCCCAAAUUCUUUGCAUAUCUUAACUCGCCGUGUUCUAAUUUUGUAGGGAGUGGCAUGAUCCCUGAAUCCGAUUAAAUACUCUUCAGCCUGUGUAUUGAGCGCUGGCACAGCUGUGCUCAAGCCUGUGUAUUGUGCGCUGGUGCACUUUUUACUCAAUAAAUUGACGUGUUUUUGCUCCUUGA